UUCUCGUCGCCUGCAUUAUAAUACUGGUAAUUUAUAUUCAUGGGUGGAAGUGACACGGAAAAUCGGGUGGUUCGCCUGGGUAUAUAAAUGUUCGUCCUACUUCGAAAGUUAUCAGAUUGGCCGGACAGUGCGUCUAUGACCAAUCAGUCUUAUGGUUGACCGCAGUAAAAUUAAAGGAGAAAUAAACGUAAUAAAAGUCAAAAAAAUAAUAAUUUAAUUUUCGAGGACAGAGUAAUUUUCAAAAAUUUCAUUUCAAAAGUAAGCUAUUGAACAUCAACAAUCCAAGAUGGACAGAUUUUCGUCAAAUGUAUGGUUGUUGGUUACGAUUCUCUCAAUCGGAAGUCUACCAGAGGUGAAAGGCCACGGGAUGCUCUGGGAUCCACCCCAGAGGUCCACAGCUUGGCGGCGUGGGUAUCCACUUCCAGUUGAAGACCGGAACUACAACGACAAUGAACUAUUCUGUGGUGGCAGAACUGUUCAAUGGGAACAAAAUAAAGGGAAAUGUGGAGUAUGUGGUGACAAUUACGCUGAUGACAUCAAAGACAACGAAAGCAUAAACGGAAAAUACGUCAUCAACCGGAGCAUAACCGGAUAUUACGUCAGAGGUCAGACGAUUGAGGUCACGGUGAAGCUGACAGCCAAUCACAAGGGAUGGUGGGAGUUUAAAUUAUGUCCCCUAGAAAACUACAACACUGUCGUAACACAGGAGUGCUUGGACGAGCACAUUCUGACCUUCACCGACGUUGGAGAGACUCGGCUCUACCUGGCAGAUAAUGGAUUCACCGAGUCGAAGAGUUACAAGGUGAAACUUGAUCUGCCUGAUGACGUCACGUGUGAUAACUGUGUGCUUCAAUGGAAAUACUAUACUGGGAACAGUUGGGGAUGUGGCAGUGGUCCUGACGGCGAGGAAGAGUGUUGUACCGGAUGCGGGGGUGGACAGGAGACUUUCCAAAACUGCGCGGAUAUAAAAAUUUCCGGUUCCGGUUCUCAGAGCACUUCCGGCCCGACAGAGAAGACCACCAAGUCAGCCACGUUGACCGCUCUUACUUCUGGAUCCACCUCAUGGGCGUCAACAACUACUGACAGUACAUAUACAACGGCACCACCACAAACUACGACAAUAGUGUCUAAGACUACAACAGCAUCAACUACGUCGUCAGCAGCUUCAACUACUACUACUUCACCAACAGCACCAAGCGUUCCUUCAUCAACAGAUGACCAAACAACCCAACCAAGCUACAACAAAUUAUGUCACGCUAUUGGCGCUUAUUCAUCUCAGCCAGGAAUGAACCAAUGGUGCGUCACCAACUGCAAAGCAACGCCAUCUUUCUGCCCGUCCACCACGUGCGAAUGUGUUGAAGCUAAAACUACAACAAUGUCGCCACCAGUUCCACCACGUGAUACCACAGACUGCCAUGCAAUUGGCUCUUUCGCCUCCCGUCUCGGCAUGGACCAAUGGUGCACGGACAACUGCAACGCCACGCCAACCAACUGCCCUAACACCAUGUGCUCAUGUGCUGCAAAAUGAGGAGAAACCCAAGAACGCGUCAUGCUGCCAAGAGUAAUUUUGACAAUUUCUCCGGCUUUGCAUUGCAUCUUCACGUCAUGAAAAUCGCGUUUAUAUUGGUGUGUUUCCGGUAUUACCGCUACAUCUAUUUUGAUUGGUGAAGGGAUUUGUGUUCUUUAACUUUCUAUUUCGUUUAUACACGUUUUUAUUCAAUUUAUGGUUAUUUUGAUUGAUCUUUGAUUUUGUGCAAUAUUGUGAAGCUUAACCAUACGGUCGCUUAAAGCUGCACCCUCACAGAUUGAACGUUCGUACAACUUAUUUAUUGUUCUUGGAACGAGCCAAAUUUCGCGAAAAUUCAUGGAAACCAGUUCUUUAAGACUGCUGACAAAAAAUCAGAUCGCAAAUUGUUAUAUUUAAGUUCAAAAAUUGAUGUUUAUGCAUUUUUCUUAAACCGUUAGUAACGGUUUAAGCCAUACAACAUCAAUUUUCGAACAGAAAUUUGAAAAUUUACGAUAAGAUUUUUUAUAUUUAAGUUCAAAAAUUGAUGUUUAUGCAUUUUUCUUCUACUACUACUACUACUACUACUACUACUACUACUACUACUACUACUACUACUACUACUACUACUACUUAAUUUCUACUUC